AUGGCUAAGUCAGAAAUCUGGUCGUCGCCCGUGGUGCAGGCCCUCAUUACUCGUUCACCUCCCGCUCCGCUCACACCCAAGGGAAUAUGGCGCCAGGAUCUAACCCCUCAGAUCAACAAGCUGCCAGCCAGUCCCAAUGUUAGAGCUGUCCUCAACCUGCUCAACGAUGACUUCAAGGGCUGUCAUGAGCUUGCACAAACCCAAGAAGGCAAUCCCUAUGCUGACCACUUGCACUCGAUCGUCCAUAGGCGUGAGCCCGACUACAAGAACUCCAAGUAUUGGAUUGAGCGGUUCUCCCAUGAGCACUUGGCGGAGAUAUACUCGCCUGGCGGCACUGUUACUCAGGCCAAGCAGGAAAUGGACGAGUUUGUAGACGCUGUGCAAUCUGCUGAAGCUUCCGGAGAGGGGGUCGCGGAAUAUGAAACUAGGCAGUGGGAGGAAAUGACGAGGCUUGCGAGAAUCCUGAUUGACUCGGAAAGAGAAGAUUAG